AUGCGCAGGGCUGAGCCGCGCAUCCCCGGGGCGGGGCCGGACUGCGGACCCCGCGAGGUCGAUGUCCUGGGGGAGGAGGAGCCCGAGGCCGCGGCGGAGGCCCGGGGGGACCCCAGCGAGCUCCGGAGGGGACCCGGGGGUCCCGAGCGGCGGCGGCGCCCGCAGGAGGCGCGGCGGGGCGGAGGCGGCGCCGCGCGGGACGAGCGCCCGGGGAGCAGCGGCGCGUCGCAGAGCGCGGGCGCCGAGGACGGGGCGCCGGCGCCCCCGAAGCCCCCCUACUCCUACAUCGCGCUCAUCACCAUGGCCAUCCUGCAGAGCCCCCAGCGGCGCCUCACGCUCAGCGGCAUCUGCGCCUUCAUCAGCGGCCGCUUCCCCUACUACCGCCGCCGCUUCCCCGCCUGGCAGAACAGCAUCCGCCACAACCUGUCGCUCAACGACUGCUUCGUCAAGGUGCCCCGCGAGCCGGGCCACCCGGGCAAGGGCAGCUACUGGAGCCUGGACCCCGCCUCCCGGGACAUGUUCGACAACGGCAGCUUCCUGCGCCGGAGGAAGCGCUUCAAGCGCCGCCCCCCGCCCCCGGGAGCCCCCCGGCACCCUCCGUUGCCCGCCGCGCCCGCCGCGCUGCACUGCUGCCCCUACCCGAGUCUGCUGCUAGGACCCCCGGCUCCGCCACCCCCUGCCCCGGGCACCGCCACCUCCGCCGCUCCCGGGGGCCACCCGUGCGCGCUGCUGCACCCGCAUCCCCUCGGAUGCUACCUGCUCCUCCCCGCACCGGCCCAGGCGCCCAGGAAAAUGCCAGGCGCGGACCCAGCCGGCCUCGGCGCCCUCCCCGGGUGGCAGCCCUCCCGGAGCUCCCAGCCCGGCCAGGGGGACCCCGGGCAGGCGUCGCGGCCGCGGCCUCGGCCUCGGGGAGGAUCCAGCUCCUUCAGCAUCGAGAGCAUCAUGCAAGGGGUCAGGGGCGAAGAAGACCCACCAGGCACGGCGCAGCCGAGCGUGCCCCCGGCGCCGUGGGGCUCCUGCCACCUGCUCCAGCGUCCUCCGUGCCUGGUGCACCCUCAGGCCGCUGCCCCCUGGCUGCACGUUUCUGCGGCAGCCGCCCGGACGAUUUGGCAGCGGCAGCAGCAGCAGAUAGACCGGAGGGAAAGGAUGAUCAUUCCAAUCACGGAGUCAUCCCGCCAGGAAAGCACCGUCUCAGUGCUGCGCUGA